AUGGCUGACCAGGUCGAGGUACAAAAACCGACCAAAAUCUCCUUUAACGUCAAGAAGCAAGUCGUCUCUAAUGUUGUUCAAGGGAAGGAUGCUCAUUCCGAUCAUGAAGACGACCAACAGGAGAUUACUCAUUUAGAAGGCGGCCUGGUCAAUGGGUAAGAGAUUAUUUUUACUGUUUUGCCUUAAGUUCUCAUAGGUAAUACAUUUUUAUCGAUUCUUUUAACUUCAAACUUCUUUUUGUAGCAUACCCAAGGAAAAGAAGAAGGAUCCCGUGAUUGAACGACGGAAAGACGUUGCUGAUUGGAGAAUCAAACGGUUGUUGCAGCUGAAAGAAGAAGGACAUGCUACAGAUAGUCAAUUGGCCACUUUAAGGUUGUUGCAGGAAGCGAGAGGGGAUGUCCCGGUAUCAGAAGGAGCAAUGGAGGUUACUGAAAAUGUGAGUUGUUUUUUUCUUUUUUUUUUUCUCCUUCUAGAUGAACAAAUUUAUAUUACAUUUGAUUAUCCUGCAGGAAAAGGAAAGCAAGGCUAAGACGCUAUCCAAGACUGAUGAGGAAGCGGAUGACUGUGACCCUGAUUACGACAAGAUAAGCUACAAUGAUUUUGGAUACGCCUUUCUACGAGGACUUGGCUGGAAAAAGGAAGAGGGUCUGGGGAAAACGAACAAGCGAGCAGUUCCGCUCAUGGUUUACGAAAAGGCCAAAAUUUUCAAACUGAACACCGAGAAAGCUGUCAGACCUAACCAGAAAGAUGCUGAUAAGAAUGAACCAGCUCCUCAGCUCGCCGAAGGUGUCCCAGUUUUUAUUGAAGACCAUAAAAAAUAUAAAGGAUGUUAUGGACGACUGAAGUUCAUGGAUGACAUUACCAGAAAGGCUGUGGUCAGGUUAACAACCGGAGAGGAAGUUGAAACAUCGGUUUUGGUGCUAACAGCGAUCACGGAAAAGGAAUUUACAGCUGCUGGGAAAACUAUUAGUGAGUUUGAAACCUAAAAAUUUAUUGUGUAUUAUUUAAUUUUUUUUUGAUUUUAUUUAUGUCGUUUUAGAUAAAAAGACCUAUGAACAGGAAGAAAAGAGGAUCAGAGACCAAAACGAUCAACGGAACGGCCGGGAAAAUGGGAAAUCCGAGAAAUAUAAGCCAGAGAAGAAGAAGCCAAAAGAGGAAUCUGAUGACGAUAUAGAGAUCAUAGAAGCAUCAACCAGCGAAAUGUGGGUGGCACCAAGUCUGUUGGUCAGAAUGAUUGAUAAAAAAUACAAGAAAGGAGAUUAUUACAAGCAAAAGAUGGUCGUUGUAGAUGCCGCUUCGAGAGAUCAUUGCGAAUUGAGGGACGAUAGAGGAAGAAUUCAUAGUAAGUUUUUUCAUUUUUAGCAGAGUAAUAUUCGUUGUGGAAAAGUGGUAGCGAGUUUGGGCCGUCUGAAAGCAAAGUUUUAAUUAAAUUUUCAUUUUUUCUGGCAUAAGAUAAAAUUUUCUUUAUUUUAGCUCUUAGACAAGCCCAGUUGGAAACAGUAAUACCCCGUGAGCUCGGAACCCCUGUCAUGUUUGUCACUGGGAAACAUAAAGGCCGCGCAGGACGAUUGGUGGAGAAAGACAAGGAAAGAGAACGGCUAUGGGUCAGCAUCAGUGGAAUCGACGAUCCAAUCAAGGCACACUUUGAUGAUGUUUGUGAAUAUAAGGGACAAUUGGAGGAAUUAGAGUAUUAA